GCAGCUUCGGUGUUCAGCCCGCUGACUCGGCCGCUCUGGGUUUGCUGCUCGUGAGGCCUGCGGGUCGGGCUUCCACCGGGCUUGAGUAAAGCCCGCCGCCGCCGUUGGAGGGUCGGAGGCCGGCUGCUGGCGCCGCCGCCGCCGGGCCUGCGGACCAAAACAUGGAACGGAUGGAGGUGGACCAGUGCGCAGGCGCAGCUGGCGGGGCAGGAGGCGGAGCACUCCGCAGGUCGAACAGCGCCCCUAUGAUCACCGGUGUCAGUGAUGGGAUGACGGUCUUCAGUCCUGUGUCUGUGGCUCGAUACAGACGCAGCAGUGUGUCCAUCAACCCCAGCUGCCCUUCACAGCUCGUCCCUCUCUCUCCUUUCUCUCUGACCGGAGACAGACUCGACCAGAAGAGGCAGGAGGAGAACAUGGAGAUGACGCUCAGAGGGAGUCUGCAGAGACUAAGUUCUUCCAGUCUGAUCCCAGUUCCUCCAGUCAGUCAAUGGCACGACCACGCAUCAGUGUGGUUUCAGUCGCAGGACAGCGGUGUCACACCCAACUCCUCCCCGAGUCCCACCAGGAGGUUCAGACCAGCAGUCAGUGCCACCGUGAGAUGGCCUGCAUUAACUCCACUGAAGAGGAAAGGUGGAGUGGAGUCCGAUGGACCCCCAAAGAAGCUUUUUGUUGCAGGGGUAACAGAUCCCGCCCACCGCAGCAGCUACACGGUCAGUGUCUCUCAGUCGACGGCAGACUCUCCACCAGCAGGAGGCGUCAGUCCUCAGUCCAGCCCUCUGUCCCUCUCUCCUCCCCCCUCCUUCUCCCCCUUCAGCUCCCACCAGCGCCCCGGACACUAAACCCUACCCACUGUGGGCGCGGACUGCCCACGAGCCUCUCCAGAGACCCACAAACCUGGAGGAACAUCGACCCUCAUUGCACCUUAUUUCUGUCCGAACCACCUGCCAGC